AUGAAAGUUUUACCACAAGUGCCACAACAAAGAGUACAAGUUCAACCACAAUCACCAAAUCAAUCUAAUAGACCACAAGUUUUAUCUGGCCAACCAAGACAAGAACAAUUUAAUAAUGGAGUACCUAUACCAUUAGUUUUAACAGAUCCAGAAAAACAACUAGAACCAUUAGUAAGACCAGACCAACAAAAACAACAAGAACGCGAUGCUAAAAAUCAGGGUUCUGAAUUUGAUAGAUUUCCUUCAUCUGAAAGUGAUAUGAAUAAUAAUCAAAUUGGUAAUUUCCCGGUUCCAGGUAUGAAUCUUUAUCCUUCUGUUGCAAGAAGUUUAAUGUUUAGAGCAGAUGUUUCUGAACCAAUGGAAAAUAACCAAUUAGAUGAUUAUAAUCCAUUUUCUCCCAAUAAACCAUUUAAUAAUGGUAUAGAAAUACCAACUCAAUUAAAUUUAGUUGAAAAUCAAGCAAAAGAAUAUUUUGAAGUUUAUGGAAAUUCUGCAGCUAGAGCACAUCAAUUUUGUAAUAUAUAUAGAAAUACAAUACAUACCAGUGAAUAUUUACAACAUUAUUGUAAUUAUAUUACUUCAAAUGUUCAAAAUUCUGAAACAUUUUAA